CAAAAACAUGCGCCGUAGUGUUGUUGCUUGCCAGACUAUUCAUCCACCGUGUUGCAAGAUGUUCAUAGCUUGAAGUUUUCGGGGACAUCGCGUGCUUAUAUUUCGAUGACGAGGCCGCGGGUGCCUUUCUUAUGUCAUCAUAUUCCGAAACGGGGUGCAACGCCAAGUCUCGGUGAUAUCGCGCGCGAAGCUGUUGUCUACACGAUUCACAACCAUCCAAACUCCACAACCACGGCCCUGUGCCAUCUCCAAUUUCAGUUCCACUCCAUUUCCAGUCUUUCCUUCACUAUACAGGACCAAACGCCUUUACUGGUGCUCACUCGCCGAUUUCCUCGCCAACUCCCCCAGCCUACUCAGGCGCCACUCUCCAGCUCCACCCGAUUCCACCGUCUUCUCCCUCUCCGUUCGCAACUUUCGUUAUCUCGACGCCCACCUCUGUUCCAUCAAGAGACAACCCUGAUCUGUGGCCGACAAUAAACUUCCACUAUGGUCGGUCUGACAUCCGCAGCCGGCCUCGUCGGAUUCCUGGCGGAACCCGAUACUGCUCUACGGUCAUUUGCCCUCCAAAGACUCAAUAGCGAUAUUGACCUGCUGUGGCCAGAAGUUGCUGGAUCAGUCAGUGAAAUUGAAGCCUUGUAUGAGGAUGAGUCGUUCCCGGAGCGGGAGCUCGCUGCUCUUGUAGCUGCAAAGGUUUAUUACCAGCUCCAGGAGUACAACGAGAGUAUGGUCUUUGCGCUCGGAGCUGGAAAGCUGUUUGAUAUUCACCACAACGGUGAAUUCGAAGAGACAAUCCUAGCGAAAUGUCUCGAUACCUACAUUGCUCUCUCUGCCAUGCACAACCCUCCCACUCCGAUAAGCCGCGCUAAUCAAGCUCCCCCACAACUCAUCACCUCCUUCUCGAACCAGGCUGGAGGUGCCAGCACAGCAGCAAGCAUGACCUCGCCGAUAACACCGUUCUCUCAAUCAGCGCUUCCCUCAAAGUCUCUUCUCUCCCGGCAAGACUCGGAAACCUUCGAUCCUACCAUCCCUGGUGGCGGCAACGCAGGAGUUGUCGGCGCACACCCCACACCGCUGGUAUUGCAAAGGAGCGUCCAGAAGAACCUUCAAGCGACCAUACGACGCAUUUUCGAGAGCUGCUACGAGAACGGUGAUUACAAGCAAGUCGUUGGCAUUGCUAUUGAGGCGCGGAAUCUAGACAUCCUUCGGGAGGCUUUCUUGCGGGCUAACCAGGAGGAUAAGAGACAGGGCAAGAAGCCAGCCACAGGUUCCCCCUCAAGGGGAGAGGAACUUAUGGAGUAUGUGCUUGAUAUCUGCAUGAACGUAGUACAAGAGCGAGGACUUCGACACAAGAUACUCGAGCUGAUUCUAGAGUUGUUGAACGACAUCCCCAACCCUGAUUACUUCUCAAUCGCCAAAUGCGUAGUGUAUCUGAACCAGCACUCUUUGGCCUCGAACCUUAUUCGACAACUCGUGCAGCGCGAUGAUCCCAAAUCUCUUGCCGUUGCCUACCAGAUAUCCUUUGAUCUCUACGAGAACGGCACGCAGGAGUUCCUUGCCAAGGUCAUGGAGGAGCUUCCCGAAUCUGACGAGGAUGAAACGUCUGGAGAAAACGGAGACGCAUCGCACAAGCCCCAGUCUGAUGAAGCCGGAGAAUCAGAUGGCCUUCUAGCUAACGCCGAUACUAGCAAUGUCUCAGCUGCCGCUUCUCGUAAAAAGCCCACGGAUUCGUCCGAAGAGGAGUUGAAAGCAUACAACAGCGUGCGCCAGGUUCUCCGAGGUACCAAGAGCAUCGAGUUGAACCUGGAAUUCCUCUACCGGAACAACCGUACCGACAAGAACAUCCUCAACAAGAUCCGUGAUAGUCUGGAGGCUCGAAACUCAAUUUUCCACACCAGUGUAACAUUCGCCAAUGCUUUCAUGAACGCUGGUACCACCAACGACACAUUCUUCCGAGAGAAUCUGGAAUGGCUAGGGAAGGCUGUAAAUUGGUCCAAGUUCACCGCAACCGCUGCCCUAGGAGUCAUCCACCGUGGCAAUAUCACUCAGGGGCAGAAACUAUUGGAUCCUUAUCUUCCCAAGGACAACGUUUCAUCAAGCUCACACUACGAGCAGGGCGGAUCUCUUUACGCCUUGGGCUUGAUUUACACCAACCACGGAACACAUGUUCUAGACUAUCUUCUACGACAAUUCCAAAAUGCUUCUGAGGAAGUCAUUCAGCAUGGUGGAGCUCUUGGUCUAGGUGUUGCAGGCAUGGCAACUGGCUCAGAGGAGAUUUUCGACUCUUUCAAGAGUGUUCUGUACACCGACUCUGCCAUCAACGGAGAGGCAGUCGGCCUUGCCAUGGGCUUGGUCAUGCUGGGUACUGGCAAUAUCAAGGCCCUCGAAGAGAUGAUCCAGUACGCACACGACACACAGCACGAGAAAAUCGUCCGCGGAUUGGCUAUCGGCAUGGCUCUCAUUAUGUACGGCCGACAAGAGGCUGCCGAUGAGCUGAUCAACGGCCUACUGGACGACCCGGACCCGACUCUCCGUUAUGGCGGUAUCAUGACCCUCGCCCUCGCAUACUGUGGCACAGGCAGUAACAAGGCCGUGCGAAAGCUUCUCCACGUCGCCGUCAGCGACGUCAGCGACGAUGUACGCAGAAUUGCCGUCAUGAGUCUGGGUUUCGUCCUCUUCAGGAAGCCCGGUAGCGUUCCCCGCAUGGUAGAGCUUCUUGCAGAGUCUUACAACCCCCACGUGCGAUACGGAGCCACCAUGGCUCUCGGUAUUGCCUGUGCAGGAACUGGACUGGAGGAUGCUAUUGAUCUCCUUGAGCCCAUGAUGAAAGACUCGACCGACUUUGUUCGCCAGGGUGCACUCAUCUCCCUUGCUAUGAUCUUGGUGCAACAAAAUGAGGCCAUGAACCCUAAGGUGGCAGCCAUCAGGAAGACUCUCGCUAAGAUCGUUGCGGACCGCCAUGAGGAUGCUAUGGCCAAGUUCGGAUGCGCUCUUGCCCUUGGUAUCAUCGAUGCAGGAGGCCGCAAUUGCACAAUCGGACUGCAAACACAGACCGGAAACCUCAACAUGACUGCAAUUGUAGGAAUGGCCGUGUUCACUCAAUACUGGUACUGGUUCCCAUUGACCCAUUUCUUGUCCCUCAGCUUUACUCCUACGGCUAUCAUUGGUGUCGAUCAAGAUCUGGAAAUUCCUUCAUUCAAGUUCCACAGCAACACAAGACCAAGCAUGUUCGACUAUCCACCAGAGCAGGAGGUUAAGACAGAGGAGGCACCAGAGAAGGUCAAGACGGCAGUCCUUUCUACGACAGCUCAAGAUAAGCGCAGGAAAGCGGUCAAGGCUCGACAACGACGACGCGAGAGUAUGGAUAUUGAUAUGACCCCAGCUACGCCCAAGAUAUCCGCCACAGACGAUGACAGGAUGGACGUCGAUGAUGACGUGAAGAAGGAGGACAAGGUUGAAGGCGAGGAUGACACCCCUGCAGCUGAGGUUGCAAAGAAGAAGGCGGAGAAAGAGAAGGUCGGUUAUGAAUUAGAGAACAUGUCUCGCGUGCUGCCAGGACAAGUCAAGUAUAUCAGCUUCCCAGAUGAGCGAUAUGUGCCGAUCAAGAAGCCAACUGGAGGCGUCGUUCUCUUGACAGACACCAAGCCAUCUGAACCAAAGACUCUACUCGAGUUGAAGGUUAAGAAGACAACAGCGCCAGCUCCCACUCCUGGUGCUGGUCGCUCGUCAAAUGACGACCUAGCGCGAGCUGUGCGAGAUAGUUCGUUCUCUACUCCUAUCACGACCAAUACAGUGGAUGAGGGAGAUGAAGAGGCAUCACUACCUGGAGAAUUUGACUAUCUCUCAGACGGUGGCGAUGGCGAGGAGGAGUAAAUCAUUGUGGAUGGGGGAAUAAGUGCAUAUUUGUACCAUCAUUUGGGGCUCACGGUAGCCGGAGGACAUCAGACUUGCAUUACUGGGAGGCAUAAGUAGCAACCCAGAGAUUCCACAGCUCGUUUAGACUUUGCUUCAGCAAUGUAUAAUAGCCCUUAAGGCCUGCUACACGGCUCUGUAGUCUAUGCCGCUUAUAAUGGACA